AUGACAGAACUUCUUGUUCGAACCGAGCGUGUUGAACAUGCUCGGAACUUCAAGACAGAAGUUCGAGGGCUUAUGGAUGUUGAACAUCUUGUUGAUAGAGCUAGUAUUCAUAGAAAUAUGCAACAUUCACAUAUUCAUACGAUUCUGUUAACGUGAGUUAUUUGAACAAGAAGUUUAUUUUGAUUCAAAAACCUAUUAUGAGAUCUCUCAAAGAAAGAACAAAACUUGAAUCUAUCUGCUUAAUUUGAAAAAAUUCCCAAAUUGAAUUCAGAUUGUUCAAUGAGCUUUCUUCACAAUUUCCAAGAGAGAAAUUUGAUGUUGCAUUAUUCAAAAAUGCAAUUUUCUCAGUUUCCGAUAAAGAUUCGGUUGCUCCAAGACUCCAUCAUAAACUUCAAAGUUACUCUGGAACCGAUUUUUUUGACGUUAAUCAAACAUGGAUUAUCACAUAGUAAGAUCUUUGUCCCGUUUGAGUUUUCUUCAUUUUUCUUUAGCGCCGCUCUCGAUGGUUUGAAACAAAGUCAUAUUUCAAUCGCAACUUUAGAAGAGCCAACUAAUCUGGGGCUGGAGAUGGAAGAGGCUAGAAUUGUUGUUCUUAUUUUGUCUCCAAGUUUUGAAAAACACACAAAGUCUCCGGCUGAAAUUUCGAGAACUUUUGGCACACUUUUGACACGUGAAACUUUGAGACAAGCAAUUUGCGAUGCAGCUGAUGACGAUCAAAUCCGAGAAUGUUUGAAAGAAAGUGCGAAACAAUUAUCACUCCAAAUGUCAAUUAAUAUUAAUGAGAAACCUAUUGAAGAUGAAAAUGAAAAAGUAUGUAUGCUUUUAUCAUUAAAAAAGUUUAUUUUGAAAUAUUCCAGGGAUUUUGUCCAUAUUACCCAUGUCGAGGUGUUAUUCGAGAUUUCAAACGACGUUGGACAACAUAUCAAUCAGAUUAUUUGGAUGGAAUCAAAGAUCGGAGAGCUAUCUCAAAGGUUAUUUCAACAGCAGUAUUUCUCAUUUUCACAAUCUUGCCAACAUCAAUCGCCUAUGGGAUGUUGAAUGAGAAAAAUACAAAUGGAGCCAUAAGUAGGUCUAAAAUCAAAUGUAUUAGUUUCAACGGAAGUUUUAGGUGUUCAAAAAGUGAUUCUUGGUCAAUGGAUUGGUAGUUUGAUAUUUGGGAUUUUUGGUGGUCAACAACUUCUGAUUCUUUCAACAACUGCUCCUUUAAGUAUAUACAUUGCUGUUAUUUAUCAAAUCGCAGAAUUCAAUAAUUGGCCAUUUUUCCAAAUGUAUACCGCUGUUGGAAUAUAUGCAAUGGCAAUUUUGAUUUUGGCAGCAAUAUUUCAACUUGCAUCUUUAAUGAAAUUCACAACAAGAUCUACCGAAGAAAUAUUUUCCUUAUUCAUUUCUGUUACUUUAGUAAUCAAAGUUAUAAUGGCUGUUAUAAAAGUAUAUAUCCAUGGGUAUUUGGGAUGUAUUUACGGAGAUCGGGGAGUUUCUUGUGAUCCGGCUGAACCUUUAUUAUUUAUUCUUCUUGUUUUGGGUACAACAUGGUUGAGUUUAACAAUUGCAUCAUUUAGAAAAUCACCAUAUUUAUCGAGGUUUGGAAAAUAAUUAUUUAUUGAGAAUUCAAUUUUCAUUUUUCAGAUGGAAACGUGAUUUAGUUUCCGAUUAUGCUUUACCAAUUGCUGUUUUAGUUUUUGCUUUCAUCUCGUAUUUUGCCUUCAAAGAUGUGAAUAGUAAGUUUUUUGGUUCAGUAAUUAUCGAAUCAAAAAUAAUUUCAAAUUUUAAAUUACCAAUUUUCAAAAACUCAUAUGUGGAACAAAAUUUUUUUUGUUAAAAUUUUCAGAAGAACAAUUCCAAAUCUUCCCAAUAUCGCACGAUGUUCAUUGGGUUGAUUUCUACAAUUUGCCAGCUGAAGCUCAUCUUCCGGCACUCGGCCUAGCUGUACCACUUGCAACUUUAUUUUUUAUGGAUCAGUUAUUAGUAACAAACACUGUUGAUAAUAAAGAUAACAAGCUUAAAAAAGGAUCUGCACAUCAUUGGGAUUUAUUGAUUGUUGGACUUCUCAAUAUUGCUCUUUCAUUAUUUGGUCUCCCUUGGAUGCACGGAGCAUUACCUUCAGCAUUUUUACAUCUCAAAGCAUUGUCUGAUGUUGAAGAUAGAUUACAUAAUGGGUACUUAAAGACAGUGUAAGUUAAAGAUUUUCAGAGUUGGUUUUAAUCACAUAUUAUUUUCAGAAUUGUUCAUGUUCGUGAAACUCGUUUAGCUACUCUAAUAGCUCAUCUCAUAAUGAUUCCAAUAUAUUUCUUUGCAAUCCCUCAUAUAACUGUCUUUAUACCAACAUCAAUAUUCAAUGGAGUAUUCCUAUUUAUGGCAUUCAGUUCUCUAACAGGAAACGAGUUAUGGGAACGAAUCUUGUUAGUGAUGACUGAACAACGGGCUUAUCCACCAACCCAUUAUAUUCGACAAGUUCCACAAAGAAUUGUUCACCGAUUUACAUUUAUUGAAGUUAUACAAUUGGCGAUUUUAUUGGCUGUCGGAUUUGCGCAAUAUCAUUAUGUCGAAAUGGCAUUCCCGCUGGUUAUUGCGAUCUUUAUACCUUUCAGGUUGGUGAAUGUUUACAAAGAAAAAAAAGAAGGAAUGCGUAGUUUUGCAUAGUGAAAAACAAAUUGUUGGAAAGAUGUCACGGGCUGCGAGGCAUGACUUGUUUUUCACAGUUUUCUAUGAGAAAUUUUCCAAAGUUUAUGACUGGAUUAAUCAAAAAAAAAAAGAUAACUGAAAGUGAAUGAAUCCCACUUUGAACGUUGAUUUUUGAUUAAAAUCAAAACCGUUUUUAUCAUUAUUUCAGACACUUCAUCUUGCCUCUCAUUAUUCGAAAACAAUUCCUGGAAGUCAUCGAUGGAAAACAUUAA